AUGCGCGAGGACGGCGAGGCCGUGGUGCCGGUGGAGCAGGUGUCGGUUGGGGACCUGCUGCUGGUGCGGCCAGGGGAGCACAUUCCGGUGGACGGCGAGGUCAGCAGCGGGCACUCGGCAGUCGACGAGUCGAUGCUGACCGGCGAGAGCAUGCCGGUGGAAAAGGCGCCGGGAGAUUUGCUGUACGGAGCAACGCUGAACAGGGGUUCGGCGGGCGCCAUACACAACGGCUGGCCGACCGGAUAUCGGCGUGGUUCGUGCCGUCGGGUGUGGCUUUGUCCGUCGCUGGCGUUCCUGCUGUGGCUGCUGCUGGGGCCCGCGCCGACGCUGACGCUGGCGAUCCUGGUGUUCGUUGCCAUCCUGAUCAUCGCGUGUCCCUGCGCACUUGGCCUUGCCACGCCCACCGCCAUCAUCGUGGGUGUGGGUAAAGGAGCGGGGCGGGGGUUUGAUAUCCGGUCAGGCGAGGCGCUGGAGAAGGCCCACCGGGUGGACACCGUGGUGUUGGACAAGACAGUCACACUGACCACGGGCAAGCCGGCGGUCACGGCAAUCGUGUCAAUCGGCGACCCGGCAUGUACGGGGGAUGGCGAGCGGGAGCUGCUGUUCCUGGCGGCUACUGCGGAGCACGGCUCGGAACACCCGCUGGCCCAGGCAAUCGUAAUCCGGGCGCAGGAGGAUGGCAUAGCGACGGCGGCGGCCGAUGAGUUCCAGGCUAUUCCAGCAGAGGGGUCAGCGCAGUGGUCAAGGGCACUUCGGUGCUGUUGGGGAACCGGGCGCUGA